AGCUGCUUUGCGGCCAAGCCGCUCGGCGUACAGUGUUCCGGCCUCUCCGUUCCAGCGAGUCAAGGAGAGACAUGUCCUGCUGGCGUGGAGUAUGUCGAGCAUGUCGCAAUCGCAGCAUCAAUGCAACGCAGGAGGCAGCCUCGCAGCCUGCGCGUGUGAAGACCUUCGACGUUGCCCCACCCAGCGCCAGCUACACGCUCGUGGAGGACCUGGAGCGGCAAGAGGCGGUCUCUGAGAUGCUCUCGAGGCGUGCUGACAGUGGCAUCGCCGAUCUCAAGGAAGAUGUGGAGAAGUUUAAGAAGCACAUGGAGAAAGCACAGCAGCAAAGGGAGGAGGACAGCCGCGUGAAGAGCGGACCCAGGAUGCCGCCUGGCCGUUUUGACUUGGUCACAGUGGCAGAUGGCAGUGGACACCGAAAGCCUCAGCUGGGUGGAACAGUGAAGCUGAGAUACGCCGUGGUGCUGGUGCGGGAUGCCUCAAUGCUGGAUGCGAAGGAGGACUUUGAGUAUGUUCUAGGAGGACAAGCACUGGGAGCUGGCGAGGUUUGCCCAUCUCUUUUGGAUGGAAUGCUUGUGCAGAUGAGGCGAGGACAAGUGGCGUCGGUGACUCAUCCGCUCAAGGAGUUGUUCCCAGCCAAUGCUCCAGCCAUUGCCCAACACGGCCCGCAAGAGGAAGCAGUUUGUGAGGUCAGCUUGUUGGAGAUUUAUGUGACCAAGGAUUGUUCCUUCAGGAACAGCACUGGACAAGUUCUCAAAGAGGUGAUCAAAGACGGGGUGGGCUCCUGGUGCAAUAAUCCUUCCGAUGAAGGGAUGGCUGUGCUUCGCAUUGAGAAGGUCCAGACACAUGAGGGCCGAUGUCUCUUCCCUGACGCUGGAGCAUCUCCGUUGGAAUUGUGUAUCACCGUGGGUGAUGGUGAGGUCUGUGACGCGCUCGAGUGCGCCGUGCUGGAGAUGCGUCCGCAUGAAACUGCUUGGGUCACUUGCAGCGAUCCGUCCUUCUUGGUGGGCAAGCCUUUGGGCGAGAAAGCAAUACCAAAGAGCUCGGCCUAUCUGCUGAGAGUCAGUCUGGUGGACUUCAAUCCUGGACCUGAUGCCUUGUCCUUUGAUGAGGAGGAUCGGUUGACCUUUGCUUUGAGACGCAAGGCGGAGGCGAAUCGGCUCUUCAAGGAAGGUCGCUAUCGGCUCUCGCGGCAAAGGUACUUUGAGAUUUGUGAUCUUUUUCACCACCUGGAUCGUCCCAAAGUCAAGGACCGCUUUCUGGGGAAGGAGGACCUGUGGCAAGAGUGUCGACAGCUGCGCAUUGACUGUCGCCUCAACAUCGCGGCCUGUAGUAUCAAGCUCCAGGACUCAUCAAUGGCCAAAGAAGCCUGCGAUUUGGUCUUGAAGCAAGUGCCCGAGAGCACCAAGGCACUGUACCGGCGGGCGCAAGCGGAACUGCAACAGCGAGAGUUUGCGGAGGCUUGCAGAGACUUGCGACGUGUACUCGAUAUUGACCCCUCAAUCCAGGAGGCACGGCGUUUGUGGGAAAAGGCUGUGAAGCAGAGAAAAGAGGUCGAUCAGAAACAGAAGAAGGAGGUGAAGUAUGAUACGAUGUGCGGACGCAUUUUGGACGAUCGCACUGACAAGUUCACCUACCUGAACGCUGACCUUGACUAUCCGGAUGCUGAGGGCCGCCCUGUGUCAGAAUGGCUGAAGUUUGGGAAGGAGCAGCUGCGCAGAUGAGGUCCUGGCAGCUGCGUAGAUGUGCAAAAUUAUGCUGCAAUGUGCGAGUAGUUUUGUUUGCAAGCUUUUUGCAGCUGUGUCAAGUCUGAAGU